AUGGCAAACUCCAAAACCCCGCUACCAACAUCGCGGUCUUUGUUUUCCGAAAAAUGCGUCUCAUCUGUACCCACAACAUCAACAUCAACAUCAACAACCUGCAUCACGACUCCUACAAGACCAUCAUCCCCCUCUUCUCCCUCUUCGCUUUCAUCCCCACGCAUACCAGUAUCUUCCAUAUCUCCCUCAACCAUCACCACCAAAAUGCGCACCCUCUGGAGCACCUCCCACAGCAAACUUCUCUCCAAUCUCAACCUCCCCCUCCCCCUCAACCUCCACAAUCCCCUCAACCUCAAAAAAUUCCACUCCUCAAAUCCACAAAACCCACUAACCCACAUACCCAUACCUCCUUCGUCUAGUCCCAACGGUCUACCUGAGAAAAUUCCACACCCAUCCUCUCAAUAUCCACAAGAUCCCCUCUCAGGCCCCUCAACCCGCUGUGCCGAAUACAUAUUUUCGCGAGUUAACAGGGGGUUCGUGGGGCCCGAUUCGUCGCUUCUGUCUGAAUCGUGUGGAAUUUCACCUUCGAGUUUGAGUUUGAGUUUGGAUUCGCCUUUGGGGUGUACAGAGGGGUAUAUAGAGGGGAAGAAUGGGAAUGGUGUUGAUAUUGAUGUGAAUGGUGAUGAUAUGGAUAUGGAUACGAAGAAGAAUAGGGAUAAGGAUGAGGGUGAGGAUGAGGAUAAGCAAGGAAAUCAUGUUCACCCCCCGAAUACAUGGAAAAUAAUACAGAAAUCAUAUAGAGAUGUGUUGGAUAAUCUUAAUACGUACCGGUAUGUUAAUACUAAUAUAGCUAAAUGCGAAGAGGUGGGAACGGGUCAGGAAAAUGGGAAUAGGGAUAGGAAUAGACCUCUGGUUUAUGUUGCUAUUGAGGAGGAUGGGGAUGGGGAUGGGUAUGAUGGAUAUACCGAGGGACGAUAUGGUUGUGAUGGUAAUGGAAAUGGAAGUGAUGAGGGAAACCAAAUUGGGAAUUGGAAUGGGAAUGGGAAUGGGAAUGGUUUGGUACGUACGAGGUCGAGGGAGAGUAUUGUGGAGGUUUUUACUUCUCCUCUUCCUGUUUCUUCUUCGGUUUUUCAUACACAUACACAAAAACAACAACAAAAUAAUCUCAGCAGCAAAGCACUUACACAUCAAACCAAAACCAAAACCAAAACACCAACUUCUCAUUCAUCGAAUUCUCCUCUGAAAAAUCCGCAAUCGGGAGUUAUCAAUACUCCUAGCUCAAAUUAUCGCUCGGAUGAUAGCUCGAAUAAUGAUUCACAAGAUGAAAAUGAAAAUGAGAGCGAGAGACGAGCGAGGAUAGUAAGAGAAGUGGAGGAGGCGGUUAAUGAAUGUAUUUAUUCGUGUGGGGAAAGGGAAAGGGGAAGGGGAAGGGGAAGGGGAAGGGGAAGGGGAAGGGGAAGGGGGAGAGAGGUGCUGGUGAGGGAUUUUGCGUAUAUGGAGAUGAGGCCUGUAUGUUAUUCAAAGGAGAAGGAGAAGGAGAAGGAGAAGGAGAAGGAGAAGGAGAAAAGUGGUGGUGGGGUUGAGGUUACUGGGGAGAAGAUGGGAAGUUGUGAAGGGGGUGGUGAUGAUGAUGAUGAUGGUGACAGUGAUUCACUAUAUGCGAAGUCUUCGCUCGAUCUUGAGGAUUCGAGGUAUGACGAGGAGGAGUUGGAGAGUGAGGGUGAGAGUGAGAAUGAGAGUGAGAGUGAGAACAAAGAGAUGGAAUUCGAAGUCGAGAAAAAUAAGUCUAAGUCUACUACGAGUAGAUCUGAACGAAUAUCUACAGAUACAUCUUCGACAACCCCGACUACAAACCAGUUAUCAGACGACUUCCAGUUCAAUUACAAUUACAAUUACAAUUAUAAUUACAAUUACAGUUACAAAGUCGGCUCCGAGCCGCUACAAGCACAAUCACAAUCACAGCUCUAUACUCAUACACAAUUACAACACGCACAACCCAACCCAUCUCCCCAUGUCAACUUCCCCUCAACCUCCUCAACCGCCUUAAUCCACCUCCCGCGUACAUCUUCACAUGCAUGUGCAUAUACCUCCAAUCGCAGUGACAAUCGCAGUGAAAAUCGCAGUGUGAAACGCAAGCUACAUGAAGCCAAAGAUCUUGAUUCCAAUCUCUCUACAUCCAUAUUGUCAAUGCCUUCUUCGAUUAUGGAUUCAACGUAUCUUCGUGGUAGCGAGAUACAGGAAUUUUUGAUUGGGAGUUCGUUUGGUGAACUGGGAGAAAGUUUUUAUGGGGGGGCGUUGGAUUCUUCGGGUUCUGGUGUUGAGGAAGUCUUUGAUGAGAGAUUUGGGGAUAGGAUGGUCAGAGUGGAGGAGAGGGAGAGGGAGAGGGGUGAGUAUGUGGAGGAUAGCGAGAACGAUGCUGGGAAUUUCGAAGAUGAUGAGGAGGAGAAUAACGAAAUUAACAGCUAUAAUCUUGAGAAUAAAGAUAUAGGAACAAGGUGCAACAUAAACAUAGAGGAUAUUACAGAUGAAGAUACAGAUACAGGGAUUAACGGGAACGAAAGAGACGAGAAAAGGGAAAAUGAACAGGGAGAAGAAAAGGGACAGAAAAUCCAAUUACAACUCUCGCCCUACACAUUUCCAGGGACGGAUUUGUAUUUAUAUGAAGCGAUACCGAUACCGAUACCGAAAGCGGGAGCGGGAGCGAAAUCUGCGGAUGGUUGUAGGGAUUUGGGUAUGAGGACGGGAACGGGGAUGAUGACGGGAAUGGGAAUGGGAAGUUAUAAAGGGCAGGGAAAAGGAGAGUAUGAAGAGUAUGGGUUGAAGAAUGAGAGAAAUGAAAGGGAGAAGAAUAAGAGAAAAUGCAUAAUGAUGCAUUUUUCACGGUCACCGACGGGGCGCGAGGGAAUUGGUGGGUGUGGGGUUUGA